AUGCAGCUGCACGGCCAGGAGGUUUUAAGGGAUGAACAGGAGUUUGUGAGCAGCUGGGAUCAGUGGCUCCGGACCCUUGCCGGGAGCCCACCCCCUGCAGAAGGAGGCAGCCUCAAGGCAGUCUGGAGCAGGCCCCCGGGGGCCAGGAGGACUCCUGUGCAGACCAGCUCUGUUGGCCGCUGCCUGCAGCCUGCCUGCCUAGAGCAGCGUGGGGCGGGGCCUGGGGCAGGCCCCCACCCUGCGGGCGGGAGGAGGCGGGGAGGUGGCUGCGGCCGCCGGCGCCGUGAGUCAGGCUGGGGCUGCAGCCGCGCGGCCGGCCUGGCGCUGCGGAGGGAGCUCAGGAGCGGGGACAGCGGCGCCGCCAGCCCCGCGUGCUCCCCCCGCCGAGGCUGGGCCGCCGGGACGCGGAGCGGCCGGGCAGACAGCGAGCCGCGGGCCGGCGGAAGGACGCGCGGACCGCGGUGCAGGGAUCCGCCUGCCCGCCCGCCCAGGAGUCGCCAGCAGGCCCAGGGCCCAGGCCAGUGCCCAGCCCCGCUGGGAGCCCCGGCCAGCACCACGGACGGCGCCCAGGAAGCCCGAGUCCCCCUGGACGGGGCCUUCUGGAUUCCGAGGCCCCCGGCAGGCUCCCCGAAGGGUUGCUUUGCCUGCGUGUCCAAGCCCCCGGCUCUGCAGGCUCCAGCGGCCCCGGCCCCUGAGCCCUCGGCAUCGCCCCCCAUGGCGCCCACCCUGUUCCCCAUGGAAUCCAAGAGCAGCAAGACGGACAGCAUGCGGGCUUCUGGCGCCCCCCAGGCCUGCAAACACCUGGCCGAGAAGAAGACCAUGACGAACCCCACAACGGUCAUCGAGGUCUACCCGGACACCACCGAGGUCAACGACUACUACCUGUGGUCCAUCUUCAACUUCGUCUACCUCAACUUCUGCUGCCUGGGCUUCAUUGCGCUGGCCUACUCCCUCAAAGUUCGAGACAAGAAGCUUCUCAAUGACCUGAAUGGAGCAGUGGAAGACGCCAAGACCGCCCGGCUGUUCAACAUCACCAGCUCUGCCCUGGCGGCCUCUUGUAUCAUCCUCGUCUUCAUUUUCCUGCGGUACCCGCUCACCGACUACUAGGACCCCGCCGGGCGCCGCCGGCCGUGGAGACGAAGCCCCGAGACACGUCCGUUGUCAUGACUGAUGCGACACGGGAUGCGGAGUGGUUGGGGCAGAGCAGGGCGCGGGCCCUGGGACCCCCCCGAAGCUGUGAAGCGGGCAGCGAGGCCGCCAGAAGCUCCGCACAGUAAGGGGGCAGCGAGCUUCGGGCCAGCCCACCCUCUCUGCCUCUGCCCGUUCCCAGGGUCUGGGUUUCUCCCUGUGUUGCCGCACCCUGGCUUCCAGCGGCUGCCCCCCGCCCCGCCCUCCUGUGCCCCACCCAGGCUCCUGGGGCCCCUCUGGCCCGACACCCAGCAAGAAGGGCUUCUGUGGGAGCUCCCCGGCUUGGGGGGGCUGCCAGCAUCUGGGGACUCACUCUCUCCUCUCCGACCCCACCUCCUCCAAGCUGUGACCCUGCUCAGAACUCUUGUAUCUGUGAACUUUCAAUAAAAUACCUGUCUGGCUCCA